CCCCUUGAGGUCAUUGCCAGUACUUCUGUUGUAUUUCGUGGUGCUAAGACCUUGUGUGUAUACAACCUUCAAGCAGCACUAAGAUAUACAUGACUGAUGGCUCACAAGAAGUCUCUAGGUGCUGCACAUGUACACUUCCUGUCACUGUGGUUUUUCAUCGAUUUCUCUCUUUUUAGAUGAAUGGAGUAAAGAAGAGGUUGGAGAGUAUGUUUGCAAGGUUGAUGGGAUGUCGGAUGUUGCUGAGAUAUUGUUGGACAAUCAUAUAGAUGGUGCAGUGUUACUUCUGCUGGAGAAGAAGGACAUAGACGAAGGUUUGGGUAUCAAGUCUCUUGGCAAGAGAAAGAAGCUUUGGGAUAUUGUUCAGAGACUAAGAGAGGAAGUUGGAGGUGGAAAUGGGAAACGUGAUGGUCCAACAGCAUCGAGAAAUGAAAGGGAACCCACUGCUACUGCAGAAAAUCCAAGAGCUGAUUUUUACUCUGGUGUUCAUACCAAAGCGGAUCUCCAUGUAUCGUCAAGAAGCACUUCACAUACAACUGAGAAGUCUAUGCAUUUUCGGUCAUCUUUUAUGGACAAUCCAAGUGAUGACUUGGAAUCAUUCUCGUCUCUUCCUGUGCCGCCAACAAUGAUGCCAAGCAGAAGUCUUGAACCUUUAGAUGAUUUGAGUGUAUCGUACAAAUUUGCAGAAACGGACAAAGGUACAUCUGCUGACUCAACGGAUCUAGAGAAAGAUUUAGAAGUUGAAAGACGUGCUACAUAUGUAGAAAGUGAAGUUGAUAAUCCAACUGAAACACCAGAGAUUGCAUCUUCUUUACUAGAUGGAGAUGAUUCUGUACUAGUGGACAGUGAAACGACUGCAAAAACUGAGACAGCUGGAGCAGAAGCUGUUACUGAAGAUCUUGCUGAUUUGUACAUCAGUGAAAAACUUGAACUUCGAUCGUAUCAGAAAGAGUUGCUCGUGAAAAUAAAGGAAGCUGAAGGAAAGGGUUGUAAUGCAAUUGUUUGUGCUCCAACGGGUAGUGGGAAAACUCUUGUAGCUGCAAGUUACUGUGCUGAUGUGAUCAUGAGAACACGAGGCAAAUCUCCUGCUGGAGAAGAGAAUAAAUGUGUUUACUUUAUUGUGCCAACAGUUCAUCUUGUUGAUCAGCAAGCUAAAUUUAUAGACAGCAGUGUGGAGAAUUGUCGUGUUACUCAAAUAACUGGUGAUCAAGGAAACACAGCACUUUGCCAACAAACAAAUAUCAGUGAUGUUGUAGUGAUGACACCGAUGGUUCUAGUGAAUGCUAUGAAGGAGAAGAAUCCUCAAGUGCAGUUUUCUGAUGUGUCUUUGAUUAUUUUUGAUGAAUGUCAUCACACAGAAAAAGAGCAUCCAUACAUGCAUGUUAUGGACAUUUAUUUCAAGGAAAAGUUUGAUUACAGUGAAGCAGGACAUGCUUUACCUCGUGUGUUAGGCAUGACAGCAACUUUAGGUGUUGGAUCAACCAGCACUCCAAGAGAUGCCCAAAGUCAUGUGCUGACAUUGUGUGCAAACUUGGAUGCACCUGAAAUUGUCAAAGUGGUGGAGAACUGUGAUGAUCUGUAUCAGUAUGUUUCUCACCCUUACACUGAGCUGCUGUCUGUGGGCAAACGUUCAAUGGAAGAUCCAUUCCUUUUAGAAACUGCAAAAAUCAUGAAGGACAUACAAAGAAAAACAGGGAUGUUGGAAAAGCCAUAUGAUUAUGGAUCACGUGAGUAUGAAACUGCUAUCCACCAACAUCGUAAAUCAUUGGAAGAGAAGGGAGAUUAUGAAUCUCUCUUUUAUGUAAACAUAUUGAUUGAUUUUAAUCGAGCUUUAUUAGUGUAUCAAGACAUGGAGAAGACUGAGAUGUUGGACUGUCUUCGGCAAUCAUUCAGAAGUGUGGUUACGAAAGCUAAAGGUCAAUCCAAGUUGGUAGGAAUGAUCAAGAAUGAACGACAGCACAAUGUUGAUCGACUGCAGUAUUUGCAGGAAGUUCGUUCACUGCCCAAUCCAAAGCUAGAUGCUCUGAAGUGUUGUCUGCUGAAAGAAUUUCAGACAUCAAGAAAAGCCAAAGGAAUAGUUUUUAUGAAGACACGUGAGCUCACCUCCUAUCUUGUGCAGUGGAUCAAGAAUCAUGAUGAACUGAGUCCAGUUGUCACUCCAAUGCGUUUGGUAGGUGAAGGUAGUGAAUUCAAAGAUCAGAUCACAAAAGCUGAACAGCUUCAAGCAAUUCGUAGCUUUGACUCUGGAUGCUGCAAUCUGUUAGUUGCAACAACAAUAGGGGAAGAAGGGCUGGAUAUUCCAGAGUGUAAUUUUGUUAUUCGUUAUGAAAUCGUGACAAAUGAAAUUGCAGAAGUACAAGCACGAGGUCGAGCUCGUGUUCGUCUUCAUGCAUCUCGUUUUUUGGAAAUUGUCACUCGUGGGUCUGCUAAUGAAACUAAUGCAAGAGGCAACAAGUACAAAGAGAAGAUCAUGAACGAGGCAUCUAAUGCCAUUCAGCGUCUACCUAAACAUGAAAUUUUGAAUGAACUUUAUAAACGACAAAUGGAAAGGCGCAAGAAGCUGAACUUGAAGGCAGAGACAUUGAAAGUCAAACAGCAAGGCAGCAGAUCAUCUGACGUACAGCUGACAUGCAAGCAAUGCGGCACAAUUGUGUGUCAAGGAUCAGAUGUUAUACGAGUUGAAACCAACUAUAUUGUGCCUGGCGAUGUUUUGAAAAAAAGAAUGAAAAUAGAUCGAAGCAGCAGCAAUCCCAAAUUCAACAAAGUUGGCAAAAUCUACUGCAGAGAUUGUGGUUUCAAUUGGGGUGUCCUGAUCAACUUCAAAUUUGCUGUGGAUUUGCCUUCAUUGAAGUGUGCAAGCUUUAUUUUCAACAUUUCAGGAAAAAAGAGAAGCUUCGGCAAAUGGAAAGAUGUAACGUUUAUGGUGCAUGAAGGCAGUGAAGAUGACUUAUAAUAAUAGUUGAUGUUGUUAUAAUGUAUGUUGACGUAGUGAUGUCUACAUAUUAAAUACAUUGUAAUGAAGUUGCA